CAGUAAAAAUGCUACACUUACACAAAAAUGUUCUCCACGUUCACGUGGAUAGUAUGUAAAUGCCUCUCACAUAAUGAGUCCGUUUAUGUGAUAUGAGAUGUCUGCGUUGCAAGUUUAAUAAGCGAAGUAGCAUAAAACUAAACAUAUUGUGUGGAUUCCGUCUUCUUUAUAUGUUGAAAUGUCGAAUUUGCAUUAAAUAAAAUCAGUUUGAGUGCUUGAGUACAUUCAAAAUUCAAGUUUUUUAAAGCAUUGGCCAUAGCUUCCUAAGUCCUAACAUCUAAUACUUCACACACCCAGGCUUCAGAACAGACCAGGAAAACUUAUGAGCAAAAAUGUUCUCAAUUUUGAAGCCGUAAUGCUAAACAAGAUGGCCUCUAUGCUGGGGACAAAACCAUAGCUGAAGUGAAAGACUUGCAUAGCAGAAUCUUGGUUGCAAUACGAACUGCUGAAACAAUCUCUGAAAGAAUACAAAAGUUGAGGGAUGAAGAGUUGCAGCCACAACUUAUUGAGCUGCUAGAUAGCCUAAUGAGGAACUGGAAUAUAAUGUCGGAAUCACAUGAAACCCAAAAACGAAUCAUGUUUGAAGUUACGUCUUUCAACUGUCCUGCUGGUGGAAAGUUCCGCAAUGACUCUCACCGUCUUGCCACUCUUCAGCUUGAGGCAGAACUUCAUAAUUGGCGUUCUUGCUUUGUUGCAUAUAUUUCUGAGCAAAAAGCUUACAUUGAAGCUCUCGGUGGAUGGCUUUCCCAGUUCAUUGUCCCUGAAGUUGAAUUCUUCUCCAAGAACAGGUCUUCAGCCCCAGCAUUAGGAGUCAAUGGACCACCAUUACUGGCAACCUGUCAUGAAUGGUUAGCUAGCUUGAAGAAGUUGCCAAAUGAGGCAGUAACUUGUGCAUUGAAAAGCUUUGGGAAGGAUAUCCGGGCACUUUGGGUUCAACAAGGUGAGGAGCAAAAACGGAAGAGGAAGGUGGAUGGACUUGCCAAAGAACUUGAGAGGAAGGUCUUGGCAUUCCAGAGAACAGAGAGCAGGAUUCUUGGUUCAAAACUCUCUGACCAUGAAUUAAAAGUAAAUGUGCGGAAUCGAAUUGAGUAUUUGGAAGAAAGAAAGAAUCUGUUGGAUAUGUUCAGGAAAAUAAUAGAUGCGGAGAAGGUAAAACACCAUUCUAGCAUGGAAGAGACACAGCAGAUAACUGUGAAAGGAUUUCAAACAGGAUUUUAUUCAGUUUUUGAAUCGUUGGCUGAGUUUUCAAAGGCUUCUGUAAAAAUGUAUGCUGACCUUGUGACAUAUUGUGAAACUGCUAAGGCACCUGAAAAUGAAGAGGAAAGUGAACCAAACUAUGUAGAAGAAAUGAGCUUUUCUCACAAAGAGAGAUUCAUAAUAAGAUCAACUCCUAGGCGGCUCGCACAGGAAUAA